AUGCCACGGUGUCUACCGAACCUCGUGCGAUUACGCGUGGUGGCCAACUCUAUCCGGCAGAUUCCUGCCACCAUCGCUGCUUGGCAAUCCAUGUGUCACUUGCUGCUCAAUUGUAACCAAUUGGAAACAAUUCCGGAAGCCAUCGUCGCCAUGCCGUCCCUCGAGCUAUUGGACAUUUCCCACAAUCGACUCAAGGCGUUGCCAGACUAUCUGAAUUUCCCCAAACUAAGUUACCUGAACGCCUCCAACAACGCCCUUCGCCAUCUGCCCAGUUCCAUUGCCCAAUCUCAGCAUCUCAGUACGCUAGAUCUGUCCCGCAAUCGACUCACCAGUUUACCCAUUGAUUUGGCCCGUCUCGCCCUCAGCCAAAUCAACGUGUGCGAGAAUCAGCUCUGCAUCAUUCCAUCCGAUAUCCUGGAAAAGCGCAGCACCAGUGUUCUUCUCACCGGCAACCCAUUGACCCACGACUUUGUCGGUCAACAACAACGCCAGAUCUCCGAUUCACUCAAGACUUUCAAAGAUAUGCUACGACACAUGGCCGGGCGUCCAUGGAUCGUCCAUCACCAGCAUUCUGCGACCACCAAGAACUCCGACGAAAUGACCUUUGCCAAAGUAGACUACCUCACGCAUGCUUCACCAACCACGUGGCCCUCCAAACCAGGCAUUCAGCCUUUGCCGGACAACGAUGCCUAUAUUGAUCAUUACCUCUCAUUUCACGCCCAGUCACUGAGACUCUAUGGCAACAAUCGAUCCCAUGGCCCCUUUACCAAGCAACAGCAUGACGUAGGUUCUUUGCAAAUACAGCAAACAAAUGAUGUCACUACCGAUGAAAAUACGGGGGAUGGUUACGGCUGGUCGCCGCCUCCGUGUCAUCUUCUUCAUUCUCUACGUGAACUAGCGUUUCGAACACUGUUAAAUACUCAGCAUGAUUUAUCACCAAAAGCUACAGCAUUGUGGCCGGAUCGUGUGGUGGCGGACAUUCAUCAUAUUUUCUCUUGUCGGCAAUGCGGCCAACCGUAUGUGAAGGAAUGGGUGAGUUCGGUGAGUCUGAAAACGUAUCGUGGUCAUCCGUCCGUCGUUCAGAAGCAACGAUUCUGUUCACUGUCGUGCUGGCGAUCGUAUGUGAGCAAAUACAAGACCAAAGCGGCGAAUCGACGACCUGUCCAUCACCCUCCUCUACCGCGACAAGGCGCAGGCGGAGGAGGAGGAGGAGGAGGAGGAACCUGGGUGCCCGGAUCCAUGCAAUGGAUCAUGGCCGCGGUAACGGCUUCGGAAGAACAAGGCGAUGAAGAUUGGGUAUUUUGACAGCCAACAUUGAAAAAAAGAAUGAUGCCCCGUUAAAUACUGGAUUGACUAUGAUAUUCUAUUUCUGGAAAAUUGACUUGUUCUUUAUUUGUUCUGCAUUACCCGACAUGGUACAUAUCUUGUGCUGAUGAUAAGUCAUGUCUGUUUUAAGAAAAGAGCUUGGGAAAAAUACUGCCAUCCGUGCAGCUUCCCAAACAAAAGAGUAGCCCAAAAAAAAACCAGAAACCUCCAUAGCUGCCUGAUAAACUGCAUGACGAGAUCUGCAAUUUUUUUUGUCAUCCCAUUUUCCUUGAAAACCCAAAAAAGAACCGAUUGGGCGAGAUAAAAAACAAGCCAAUCAUCGUUGAUAAAUUCAUCACGUC